ACAUCCCUCCACUAGCACCGCCGCCGCCGCCUAAACUAUUGGGUUCCAUUAAAACCACCCCCUAGUUUUCUCGAUUUACCGUUACUAAAUCUAGAAAUAAACACAAACCCAGAAACAGAAAUUCCUGACUAGCUAUAGAAUGUUAGCAGAAGACUGUCCCUAACACUCAAAAUUUGAAGAAUGUUCUUAGAGAGAGAGACAGAGAGAAGAACAGUGGGCUUAUUGGAUAGAGUGAAAGAGACCAUGGAUGAGAGAGUAUAUAGAUAGAAGGGGGCAGCCGGUUUGGGAAGAGUGGAUUGUGGAAUUGGGUUGACAGAAAACCGCCCAUGGUUUUGGGAGGUAAGCGAGGUGGUAGAGGAAAAAGAUGAAAACUGGAAACUGGAAACCCACAGUAUUUUUAGAAGAAACCUGUGGAGAGAAGAAGGGGGGAAAUGUUUUGUUGUUGGUUUGGGAAAUGGCCUCGCCGUUAGACACAUUGCUAUUCCACGUACGUAUCUCGAAAACCACAAUCUUUUUAUUUUUUCUUUUUUUUUGCUCUACUCUUCCUUAGUUAUUGAAAAAAAUGACUACAUCGUGUUUCAUCAUUUUAAAUAAUUAUUCUUCUUUUUUACUUUUUGGAUAAUGUGAACUCCAAAUUUUGACUCCUGAUAAUUUAGUUAAAAAGAUGUUCCAGAGAAAGAUGGAUAUUUGAUCCAUAUCGGGAAAUUAUAACAGAUUCAAAAUGUGCGGAAGUACGAGAAAAGAUCUCUGAUUCCUUCGGCUUUACAUCAAAAGUUGAUGACCCACAAAGGAGACGAGAUCGACGAUCCAUAGCGCCGCAGUGGGGCUUCACUGUUCUUCAAUGGCCGAAACCAAAAGAACCCAAUUUCAAUUCAUCCCAAAGCUGUAAUUCCGACGACCCACCACUCGCCUUCUUCCACGUCCUUUUCCAUCUUCUCUGUUUUGAAUAUGUUACGGUCCAUUUUGAAUUCGAAUCAAGCUGCGCUAGCCCUCCAAACACCUCUCAAAUUUCUUCGAUUUGGUGCAUUUUCUUAUCCUAAUCCGAUGCGUCGUUUCAUUUCUCUUCGUUACUUUUCUUGUAGCUCGCCACUCUCUUUUUGUUUUGCCCCCAUUUGCCUUUCCUCCAUCCACGUUCCUGUCCGAAAAGCCCAAAACUUCUCUUUGGAAAUUGUAUUUAUUUGUGGGGUAUCAUGGAAAUCCGUGUCCGGAUUUCGAAUUCCUAAAACCGUUGGACGAGGGACGCGGUUUUGUGAUAAACUAAUCUUGAAUGCUUUUCUGCCGGCGAUUAAGCGAUGACCUGAAGAAAUUGCGGGAAAUUUUGAGGUAUUGAUUUGGGACUCUACCGUCGGCGCCGAUGGGAGCCUUGCUCUCUUACUUGGCUGAAGUUGCCAAUGGCUCCACCAACGAUCCUGGCCUCGGAGACAUACCCGAGAGUUGCGUCGCCUGUGUUUUUCUUUACCUGACUCCGCCACAGAUUUGCAACCUUGCGCGGCUUAACAGAGCGUUUCGCGGCGCCGCCUCGUCGGAUUCCGUUUGGCAAUCAAAAUUGCCUUCAAAUUAUCAAGAUCUUCUCGAUUUGCUGCCCCCCCAACGGUAUCAAAAUCUGUCAAGAAAGGACAUAUACGCACUGCUAUCUCGGCCGGUGCCAUUCGAUGAUGGAAAUAAGGAGGUGUGGCUGGACAGAAUCACGGGAAAGAUUUGCAUGUCAAUAUCAGCGAAGGCCAUGUCUAUAACUGGAAUUGAUGAUAGAAGAUACUGGAAUUGGAUUUCGACUGAAGAGUCUCGGUUCAAUGUUGUGGCAUAUCUGCAGCAAAUUUGGUGGUUUGAAGUAGAUGGGAUGGUGAAAUUCCCUUUUCCUGCUGAUAUCUAUACACUGACCUUCAGGCUUCACCUUGGAAGGUUCUACAAGCGGCUCGGCCGACGUGGAUGCAGCUUCGAGCAUACUCACGGUUGGGAUGUAAAGCCUGUACGGUUCGAAAUGUCUACUUCUGAUGGACAGCAAGCGACACAUGAAUUCUGUUUAGACGAGAACAGAUUUAUUGAAAGUGAACACCACAAGCGUGGGUGUUGGAUAGAAUACAAGGUAGGUGAAUUCUUUGUCAAUGAGUCGGGAUCGACCACGGAAAUUAGAUUUUCCAUGAAACAGAUUGACUGCACGCAUUCUAAAGGUGGGGUUUGUGUAGAUUCUGUAUUUAUCGUUCCCAGUAACUUGAAAGAGCGUAAAACACGAGGAAUUCCAAAAGGUAGUCAACCAAAGAUGUUUAUGCAAUCCUCCAUAGUUUAACUCAAAGGAUUAUAACAUGGAAAUUUACAGGUUGAUACCAUUUCUAGGCUUUUGGCAUUUCGUUUGUCGUCUUGGUUUUCCUCGAUGGGUAUGCGCUCUGUCGAUUUUGGUUAUGUACAUUCUAUUGUGAACAGCUUUGUUAACUUUAUCCCAUCUUAUUUUGAAUUUCUUUUAGGAUAUCUGGUGUACGUUUUCAAGGGCAGAUUCACUAGAGUAUUGUAAUGGAUUACAGGACAAACAACCCACACAACCAGAUUGGUUUUGACGAGAGGCUUAAAAGCAAAAGAAGAAACAGGUUCUUCUCUUUGACAUCCUCAAAAGUAGUAUUAAUGAUGGACUUGUCUGGGUAUGAUGUGGGGGAAGAAGUAUAGUUAUGUUUUGAUUUCGAUUUCGUUUUCGUUGAACGAAUUAUGCAGUUAUUGCUAUGCCCCCAAUGAAUAAGGUCAAUUCGUUUAAAGUUUGGUUCAUUUACGAUUGUGUUGGCUCAAAUCCAGUCCCGUUUUGUCAAACUCAAAAAGUUGAUCUUCGAGCAUAGU